AAUGCUGCCAUUUCUAGCGAUGGCGUGCGCCCUAGCCGCCUUGACAACGGCGUUCGACGUUAACCGGGUCGAACAACAGAGCGUCCAAUGGACCGGUGGGUCUUUCGAAUGGCCGUGUCCCACUACCAAAAAGCUUUUCGUCAACAGUGGCCAAUACCUCAACAAACAUAUAAUCGCCACUCGCGCCGCUAUCUACAAAGACGAAGCCAUUCUGGCCCUGCCCAGAUUCAAGUCCGGCGUACCCGUGACCGUUGCCAAAGUUUCUCUGAAGCCGAGGGGUUGCUCGGCAACUCUGACCGCUUUCCCUUGCUGGUCCCUCCAAGAAGAAGGUACCUGCAGCGCGUUCCAGAACGUAGUGGACCUCUUCCUCGAUCCCCACGACAUCGUUUGGUUCCUGGACACCGGGGUGGUCAGAACCCUCGAGGAGCCGGUCUACAGAUGCCCGCCGAAGGUCGUCGCCGUCAACGUGAAGACCGGAAAGGUCGUCAAGACGAUCGACCUCGGUGGUCUGGUCAGUCAGUCUUCCCGUCUCCAGUACCUCGUCGUCGACUACUCUCAGGACGGACGUAUCACGGUCUACGUAUCGGACGCGGCGUCACGAGCUAUUUUGGUCCUCGACGUUAACUCCGGCAGCAGUUACCGCGUGAUUCUUCCUACCGCGGUGACGACGGGCGCUGCCCGCAGGGACGUUCUUUACCUGGCGCUCAUCCGUCGCUCCGACGGCAGCAGUUGUCUGGUGUUCACUUACCUGAGCAGCUCCAGAAUGUUCACGAUCAGGACCGAGUACCUGAGGAAGGGAUCCGCUGCCGGCAAGAUACACGACCUCGGUUCGAAGUCGAGGAGCAUCGUCAUACUGGGAACCGACAACGGGGCCGCUCUGUUCUUCAGGAACGAGGCGUCCUCGCAGAUCUACAGAUGGGACAGCGCUCACUGCUUCAAACCGGAGAACUUCCAACUCGUUUACCAAGGCAGCGAAUGUCUACUGGCCACCCACGUAAUCGUCGACUACAAACGCGGACGUAUGCGCGUCCUGGAGUCGAAUUUCCCCGAUUUUAUUCAGGGAACCGUCGGAUGCGGGGCUAAUCAAGCUCUGACCAUCAUGCAGGGAUACACUUCCUGCGAUAGCUGAAUCGAAUAACGAUCAAUUUGAACGUAGUCGAUACAUUUGAGGAAUAUAAUUAAUGAUAAUGCUAACGAAUGCUCGAUUUUGUGUAAAUAGAUCACGAUCGCGUACUUGGAAAAUUGUUUUUCCCUUUCUUUUCUUCUUCUUCUUCUUCUUCUUCUGUUCCUGAUUUUCAUCCGUACUAUUGUGGAGGCAUCGUGUUUCAAGCUAGUCAAAGACUUUCAAAAUUUCUAUCGAUUUGCCGAAGAAUUUUUGCGUAUUCGCUUUGUCGAUCGAACAAUAAAAAUCGAACGAAUAAAUGAAUGAAAAAAAAUUAUGAACGUUAAUCGAUCGUCGAUAUAUUAUCCCGUCCACUACGUCCUCCAAUCACGGUUCUGUAUGUUUUUUUAUUUUGCAGCUUACGCCCUUCCGUCAAACUCCACAUCUCAGGUACUGUAAUUACACUGAAACGCGUCUAGUGAAAUUUAUUGCGGUAUUAAUAAUAAAUCGUGACUUGCGCUACGCGCCGCAUGUUUUCGAGUCAACGAAGUGCAGUUUCCUAUCGCAAUGCAAAUUCAAGUUUUUUCUUCUUCACUCGGAAGAAAA